AUGAGUACAGAGACCACGCCUCCUACAUCUUGGGGGGAUUCGCCAGUGAGUCUCUUGAGCAUAAUACCCUCUUAUAACGAUCAAUCUACAGCUGGUGAGCAGAAUCCCUCCUCAUACACUCAAGUUGAAACCUUUUCGUCUACUGACGUGGGCGUGGGAACGCGGCGGUUAAAGUCCCGAGACGUUCAGGUCAAGAUAGUCGAACCCACGCUCUCUUUAGGAAAGACCAAGGAGUCUCCGGAGAAUAGGGAAGAGACAGAUUUUGAUAAAGAUGCUGUUCUGCUCCUGCUGAACAAACUGUAUAAUCUUCUUGUUUCAACUGCGAAUGAGCGAGCUAUGAUAACGAACUUCCUGGUUAGCAAACGUUAUGAACGAGGGAUCGAGGUGUGUGGGAACACCUAUAGUUUGGAGGCCCUUUCAAAAACGUUGCUGAAUAGGGAAGCUAGCAUAUACUGUCACUAUUGCUAUGGAAAGCUAUUUCUGUUUGGCGAGAAGCUCAACAUCCUCUCCUCUUUCUGGUCCACGGGCCCUUCAACAGCGGGGGCUCUAGCCACCUUUACAGCCUCUGACAUCAUUCCCUUUAAUUCUACCGACUAUGUCACAGCCGUUGUCCCACAUCCCUCGCUUUCAAACAAGCUUGCAGUAGGAACCAUCAAGGGCACUGUCUCGAUCCUGACACUAAACUUCACAGAGCGCACCAUCAGCGUUAUAUCUGCAAUAAAUAAGGAUAUCUCCCAUACUGGGCGCAUCGUCUUCAUUCAAUGGUUUAAUAUGAACCAACUACUUGGCAUCAUAACUGCCGGCACUGAUGGUAGAAUACUUGUCUGGGAAGUGGCGCGCAGCGACCCCAAUGAGAGCGGCUUCCUGCGCCUCUGCUCAGGGGUGGGCUUCCUGAUCCGGCCCAAGAACGUGACAACGGGCAGCAGCCUCAGCAAAUCACAAAUUUACAAAAGCAUCUCCUCUGUGCAGUUGCUUCAAGGCUUAAGUACGCCUAAGUCCCUUGGUUUCAUUGUUGCAUUUGAUGGUGGGGUAGUACAGGAGGUCUCGUUCUUUCUGAAGCCAGCGACGGCCCCGAAGUUCUACGAGGAUCUGCUAGACACACACAAGACUGGCCUAAAGACCCUUCGGCAGUAUAGUCUCAUGCCAGGGACACGCUCUGUGCAGGGCCUUCCGCAGACCCUCCUGAAAUCAGUGACCAACAAGGCGCAGCUUAUCUACCUCAGCACAUGCCGAUUGAUACUUCAAGGCAAUGGGUCUCUUAUUAUGUCAGAGCUGCAAUCUAAUACAGCGAUCCAGAAGCUUAUCUUUAAAUCAGAGCAUCCCCUAACAGAUUUCAUUGUGUUUGACAAGACAAUCAUAGCAAUAGAUAUACAUGGUAGCGUGUCUGUGUUUUCCUUUUUAGCCGACGAUGUCGUAGUGCUUCCUGUAGCUCAUGCAAAGUACUCAAUCUCUGCCCAGGACUGGGCCAUCACGCUCUGCAGCUACCAGAUGGAGCGUUCUGCGAUCAUCUUAGCUAAGUGCAGAAAGGAGGCUCGUGUACUAGAAGUCCCGUUGAUCAAUUCUAUACUCACCGACGAGCGCUACAUGGCUCGAUUGUACAUGCAUACCUUCUCUCCAUAA